GUUCAGACGAAUAAAAGCAUCGCCGUCAGUCGGAAGUCUAUGGUCAUUAAGAGUGGCCAUUUUUUCACAAAAAAAGUGGGAAGGGAAAUAUAGAUGUCAAAUGUUUCAAGGCUACGCUGUGAUGAUUCCAUUUUUUUCCAAACCAACGUGAUAACGUUUUCAACAAAUAAAAUAAAUAACAUAUUAGUGUCCGGGACGAGAGGUUACAAUCCAAAUCGAUGUGUUGUGUUCGUUCCGCCGAUUGUAAACAUUCAUAAGUUUCGGAAACCAAAUACGAAAGAAAGAUGGGAUAUUAUUGCACGGUCCCUCAAUGCACGUCGCUUGCCGGCAAAACGAAAAACGUGAAAUUUCAUCGGUUUCCUCGUGACGUUACUAUGGCAGACAAGUGGAACUUAAUUCUGAAGAGAGGCAAGCCGUAUACGAAGUAUUCAAAAGUCUGCAGCCUGCAUUUCACCCAGGCCGAUUAUAACGUCACAACUAUGGGUAAGAAUAAAGGUCAAUGGAAAACGUUAAGCAAGGAUGCGGUGCCUUCACAGAAUCUGCCCAAGCUGAACCCUGAUGGUACAGUCAUGGUGAUCAGGAAGAGUCGCACUGUCAAGUACAGGGAGGGGAAGAAGGAGGAUAUUCAUGGUGAGAAACCAGACAAGUGGUCUUUAAACCUGGUACAACACACACACAGUGCUCUUACAGCCAACGAGACACAUAUGGCUUGUGACCCACAGGAUAAUAGCCUAGCCUACCGCUACCCAGCAAUAAACAGCAUGAAUUUAUCACCCCAAAUACAAAACCACGCCCAUUUGGGUAUGAAACCAAAAAAACAGGACGCCUUCAUGCAAACCGACCCCGUUCAAUCAGAAGAUGAUGACUCUCAACCUAAUAACAGUUACAGCGAAGUUUCAGACAAAUACCCUGAAAAUUUAGAAUAUCCCAACUAUCAGAAAGACCCGGAAUUCGACAAAAAAUACGAAGCGAAAGAUUACACAAACAAACAAGAUGAUUAUUUACCACAAACAAAUGAAGAGUAUAAUAAAGAAGCUGAGAAAUAUGCUCUAGAAAGGAAAUCUCUAAACGGUUAUGAGAAACCUCUAUUAGAAAAUUUCCCGAAACCGGUCGAAAAUUACCAGAAAGUCAAUGAUAUGUAUUCAAAUUUUGACAAGUCCUUUCGUCCGGAUUACCCGUUUCAAAAUUAUCCAGACAGCGUUGAGCUUUUGAGGAACCAGCAACAUAAUUUGCAAAUGUUGCAAGAACAACACAGAAUUAAUGAGAACCAAAACUUUUUUAAUGAAAACCAUAUAAAGCAGGAAAUUGAUAUUAAUGUUGAAGAUGAUAAGUUUAUUUCGAGUUAUGAAAGGAAUAAGGAACAAUUAGACGCGGACAUGUACAACAGCCGGCGACUGAUCGAACAACAGCGCUUGCUCGAACAAAUACAGCAUCAGGUCAAACAGGAGCCUGAUACUCCUACCGGAUGUGAGAACGUGAUGCAGCCGCAAGGCAGCCCGUACUACCAGUCAAACAAUCAUAAUAAUGUUACAGCGGGUUACUACGAGCAGCUAUCCCGACCCGGACCAGAACUUCUCAUCGCCAAGCAGAACGCACUCGCUGCCCAUACGCAACUCUGGCAAAAUACAAUGAAGCGGCCAUUUUUCUACAGUGAGACGCCGCACUACAAUAGUAGUCCCAUACUGCAUAGAUAUGAGGACAUCCCAAGAAUUCUCCAGUGAUGAGACAUUCCAAAGUUUCGCAAAAAAACAUUUAAAUAUAAAAAAAAGGUUUAUUGUAAAAAUAUAAUUCUCUUGACAACACUAUAGGUAAUCUCUAGAUGGUUAUUUUUAUUAUUUUUUUAAUAAUUAUUAAUAAUGGUUACGAUAAUAAUAUAUUUUUUAUUAUUAAUAAGCGUGCGGUCCCUUGUCAAAAAAAAAUAUAACUAUGUUUUUUAUUUAUUUUUUAAAUAUUAUUUUUUUAUUAUUUAGUCAUUUUUCGAGGGACCAACCGUUAGAUUACUAUGCUACUUGUGAUAUAAUUUUGAGUUUAGUAUAGGACGGGUUUUUUGGAAUAAUCUAUUUUUUUUUUGUAUUUUAGUACCCCUUGAAGAAGAAAAAUGUUUUUGUCUAUAAUAUUGUUAAUUGUCUAUAUUUUUGUAUAUCCUUUCCGGACGUUUAAAACUCAAAUUAUUUUCAAAACCUACCAGUAAUACCUGAGAUGUGCUCGUUCAAACAAAUAAAAUCUUCAGCUAAAAUUAGACUCUAAUUAAAGAAAAUUCCUUCACUGGGGUUCUAAAAUACAAAUAAAAAAACAUUAAAAUCCGUCUUAUAUUAAAACCAAUAAUAACAUAGUAAUGUAAAUUAAUAUCUUUAUAAUAAUUACUAUUAUAUAAUAUAAAUAUAAAUAAAAGCAAAAAUUGUACAAAUCGUCGGGAAAAAAUGGAUAAUUGUGUCGCUUUUUUAUAUAAGUAUUUAAAAAAUAUCAAUUUAUUUAUUUAUUUUAAAAAUCAUAUUUAUUGGAAUGUUUUAUUUUGCAAAAAAAUAUAUAUUUUAGUUUGUGUAAUGUCUGUAAAAGUCUUUCAAAGCAAUUUAAAGGUCCCGGCUGUCAUUGAACAUCCUUGGCAGUCGUUACGGGUAGUCAGAAGCCAGUAAGUCUGACACCAGUCUAACCAAGGCGUAUUGGGUUGUCCGGGUAACUGGGUUGAGGAGGUCAGAUAGGCAGUCGCUCCUUGUGGCACACUGGUACUCAGCUGCAUCCGGUUAGACUGGAAGCCGACCACAACAUAGUUGGGAAAAGGCUCGGGAGAGAUUCAAACAUUACAUAUACUAUUAUAUUAAAAUUAUUUGUUUAUUGAAUUGCAUGAGCCCUUCUUAUGUGUAAAAAUAUAUUUUUGUUUCGAUAAGAUCUUUUAAUUCACACUUCUCGUCAAAGUUUACUUUCGCAAAAAUAUUUAUUUAAAAAAAUAUAGAAGGGUGUAUUUUAAUAUUUAUUUAUAAAAAAUAUAAAUUAUUUCUAUAGAUACUGUGUUGUUGCCAUUCUUAAAAUUAAGAAAAAAAUCGUCUCGUUUAGUCAAAAACUUAUCUUUUUAAUAUUUUAUUUAUAAUUUAAAUCUAAAUCUGAUUAUUUUCACCGUUGUUUUGUUUAGUAUUUUAGUUUCUUUGUUUGUUAUAUUAUAAAAAAAAUAUUAUAAUAUAUAUAAAAUAUGUUUUAUGUGAUUUUUAAUGUGAAAAAUUUCUUAGGAUUGUCGAAAAUUUUUGCCAAUAAGUAGAUAGGCAGGACCCGUUUACUUGUAAUACGCAAUCCAAGUUAUUUUUUCGCAUAAUUUUUAAUAUAAACGACUGUUUGGAUAAAAGUGACCUAAGAUUGUAUUUUUUUUUUGUAUCUUUUUUUUGCUAAAAUUUCACGAAAAAUUUGAAAAAAAAAAUCUGGCAAAAAAAAUUGGGCCCAAUGUUGUUAAACAUUAUUUUUUCUAUCAAAAAUGUUGCCAGUGCUAUUAUUUUAUUUGGUUUUUAUAUCUUAUGACUUUUUGAUUGUUUUUUUUUUGGUUAAUAGGUCACUUUUUUCGUCCGAAAAGUUUUUUUUUGAUAUUAUUUUGUAAAACAAUGAAUAGUUUUUAAUUAAUGACAGAUAGUUACCAGUAUCGUACAUGUCUUUGCCAUUUUAAUGCUCUUUUGUAUACAUUUUAUUAUUUUUUUUGUUGUCGCUUACGAUGUUUUGAUACUUAUAACUUGUUAUAAAAGUAAGUUACUUUGUUUAGGGCGAUUAAAAUAGAACUGACAAUCAAAAAAUAUUAAUUACAGAUGCUGUCUUUUUUAUUCGGAAGUGUACAAAAAGGAUAGCCAAAAAAAACAUUUUAAUUUUAAUAUCUUUUUAUAAAAAAUAAAUAUAAAUUUUAAUAUAAAAGAAAAUCGAUCUUUACGAUAAAUAAAUGAAAAAAAAUGUUUUUGUGCCAAUAUUGUAUGUUAGUCAAAAUAAUUACUGAAAAGAUAAAAGGUACCGACGAAUGGAGAACCUCCCCCUUUUCGAGAAGUCGGUUAAAAAGUACAUAAUCAACUUUGAAAAAAAUAUUUUAGUAUUUUGUCAUUUUAAAUGUAUUCAACUAACGUUGAAUUUACGUACAAGUUAUGUAGUCAGUUUCGUUACCAACUAGACUAGUUAAACUAAUAGUCAAACUAACUAAACUUAGAGUCAACAGUUACCAUUAAACUGUAACAAUAUAGUUUUACGGUUAUUUUCAAUAAUCUAUUUAUUUUCCUUGUUUUCUUUCAUUAUGUUAGUUAAGAUCAAGACAAAGAAACAGAACAACGUAUACUUAGUCGACUUUUUGUGGCUUAAAAAACUUUUUAAUAUGGGUUUUAUUCUCAAAAACUUAAUUUUUAGAAAAUAUUUUGCCGUUAUUUGUGUUCGGCGCAAUAUGUUUUCCGCUUCCAUUUAUCUCUGUCAGUCGUCAUACUAACAUCCACUCUCUUCUUAUUCAUGUCUUCAGACAAUCCAUGAUGUUCAAAAAACCUAAUUUUAAUAUAAAUAGGGUAUUGAAAAUAACUAUUAUUCAUAUUUAGUAAUUAAAACAUCGUAAGCGACAACAACUAUGUAACAGCUUUGGAUAGUCGGACAACAGUGGGGCGACUGUAGCGCGACUGUGGUGCAACUAGAAUUCCAUUACGUUCCGUUUUUCUAAUCGUACGUAGUUCAUAUUGGGAAUGACAUUUUGUAUUAUAAAUGUGUUUUUAAUAUUCUGGUGAUUUUAGAUAGUAUUAGACUUUUUAAAUAUCUUGGUUUAUCGUACUUUUGAUUUGACAACUUCAUCAAAUGCAUUGAAAAUGACGCAUCCACACAUGCCGCCGGCAUUUGCCGCAUCUCAGCCGCGGCACGCGCGGCUUUUGGUUGCCGGCGGCAGUUUGCUUGCGGCUUCGAUACGGAGUGGUAAUUUGCCGGCAACCGCCGGUAAAGCCGGCGGCCUGCAUUCAGCGGCAAGGCGGUCUGAAACCCGGCGGCAUGUGUGGAUGCGCCUAAACACUGCGAUUCGAUCAAAUAUUUAUGACAUUUAAUUCAACAUUUCUGCUAUAUAAAUAUAUCGUGUGAAAAUUCCUAAAACUUAAUUUUAGUAAAUGGUUUUAAUAUAAAAUUGACGAAGAUAUUUAAAAAAUGUACUACGACUAUUACAUUUAUUUUUAUUGGUUUAUUAAAAUAAAAUUAAAGUUAAUUCUAGUGACUAUCUCAAUAGAAAAGUGCAAAAUGUCAUUCGUAAUAUAACAACUUUUUAUAUUUAAAAAACUAUUGGUCAAAAAUGAAAAUUAUGCUUGCUAAAACUUCUAAAAGAAAUUAUAAUGUAAAAGGAGAUAUUUUUUAAAAGUGAUAAUUUAUCGAAUUUACGUGGCAAUUAAUAAAAAAUGUAAAAAUGGUAGGUUAGAAAGAAAAAAAAUUGGUCACAACAAAAAUUUUGAAGUUUGUAAAGAAAAAAAUCUUGCCAAAGUCUUGUUUUUUUAAUUUUUGUAUUUUUUUCGUUUUUUGAUUGUUAAAAAUAGGGUGAUCAAUAGUCAUUUUUUUAAGAAAUUAUAUAGUUUUAUAAGUUAAAGUUAUGGGAAGUGGGCAAACAUGACUUUUGACUUUUUUUAAUUUUAAUAAUUUUGGUGCUCGUUGAAAUAUUUUCCGAAUUUUUGUAUCUGCAUUUUUUUCUAGAAUUUUCUUUAUGAGUACAAUAUAUUGAAUUUUCGAACGCACAGUAGGAAGAUCGCUAGAUUUUUUUUAUAACAUUUUUUUUAGAUUUGAUGAAAAAAAAUCUUUUAUUUACUCUAGAAAUUAAGAUAAAUAAGGAAUGUGGGAACGUAGCUGUAAGGAAGAAAGAGCGCGUAUUUAGUUUUUUUUGUGUUAUUUUUGUAAUUAUUUGUUUUCGGUCGUAUUUUGGAUAUUAAUGGCGGAGAGAAAUGUUAUAUUUUAACGCGCUCUAUAUAGACCAAAGCUGUGAAAUAAUGUAAAGAAAGUUGAGUAACAUUAAGAAUAAAGUAUGCUUUUACACAAA